AUGGCCGAAGUCAAAUUCACAACACUCUGUCUCCUGGGAUGUGGAAAUCUGGGCGGCGCAAUCCUCGACAGUCUGCUCAAUGGCACCGAAAAAGAGUCCCUCUUCACUAAAUUCAUCGCGUGCGUGCGCAGUCAGAGCUCAGAGGAAAAGCUAGCAGCGCGAUUCUCCCAGCAUCUCGAUAAAUUGACCAUCAAGCGGGGAGACAACACCCUAGCCGUGCGCGAAGCCGAUGUGAUCAUCCUGGGAGUUGACCCAACCGACAUCGAGUCGGUCCUGUCGCAGCAAUCCCUCCGCGAAGCAUUGGGGAAGAAACUUCUGAUCAGCAUCGCAGCUGGUUGGACCAGACAAAAGCUCGAGCAAACCAUCUACGGCAGCGAGACGACCAAUGCCAAUAAAUCCGACCGUGCGUGGGUGGUGCGAACUCUGCCGAAUAUUGCCGCGCAGGUGUCUCAGUCUCUCACAGCCAUCGAGGUCUCAGAGCCUGCUCCGCCGGCACACUACCUGACUGUCACAAAUGCGAUUUUUGAGCGGAUCGGAAAAGCUGUUCAGAUCGAUCCGAGGUUGAUGAAUGCUACCACGGCUGUUGGAGGAUCGACGCCGGCUAUGUUUGCGGUUAUUUGCGAUGCAAUGAUCGAUGCGGCUGUGGCUGUGGGCGUUCCUCGAGACCUGGCACAUACAAUGAUCUUCCAGUCGAUGCAAGGCACUGCGGCAAUGCUUCAAAGUGGAAUACAUCCGGCUUUGCUGAAAGACCAAGGCACUUCUCCCGAGGGGUGCACGAUUGGAGGUUUAAUGGUGAUGGAAGAGGCUGGAGUACGAGGAUCUGUGGGCCGGGCACUGCGAGAGGCGGUUACUUUAGCUCGUCUGAUGGAGACGCAGGAGCAUGUCAAUGAUACUCGACGUUAA